GGCGCCGCGGUCGGCCAGGUUAGUAAGUGCUAGUUGUCCACAUAGUUCAGCACGAGGCCUCCGCUGGCCCAGCACAAGCUUGCCAUGGAUAUCGAUAUGAAUAUCUACCACGGCGAGCUGCGCGCGCGGCAGCGGCGCGUGGACGCGGGGCGCGAGGCGCGCGUCGCAGCCGGGGCGUACGACGGCGUGCCGAACGUGCAGCAGCUGCUGGCGGGCAGGGACGUGCUCGUCACGGGGGGCUCGGGCUUCCUCGGCCGCGUGCUCCUCGAGAAGCUCCUGCGCAGCUGCCCCGACAUCGGCACCGUGUUCCUGCUGCUGCGGGCCAAGCGCGGAGUGCCACCUGAGGAGCGCGUCGCCGGCAUCGUCAACGUGCCGCUGUUCGACCAGCUACGCCGGGAGCAGCCGACGGCCAUCUCCAAGCUGGUGCCCGUGGCCGGGGACUGCGCGGAGCUGGGCCUCGGGCUGUCCCCCGAGGACCGCGCCAUGCUCCAGGACCGCGUGUUCAUCGUGUUCCACGGCGCCGCGUCCGUCCGCUUCGACGACCCCGUGAGGAAGGCGGUGCUGCUCAACACGCGCGGCGCCCGGGAGGUGGCCGCCCUCUGCGCCGGGAUGCGCCAGCUGCAGUCGCUGGUCUACAUAUCGACGGCCUACACUAACACCAACCUCCGCCGGAUAGAGGAGCGGCUGUACCCGACCGAGCUGGACUGGCGGACGGUGAUCAGCGCCGUGGAGAACGCCGACACGGCUAACACCAUGGACCUUCUGGGGCACAAGUUGAUCGGCUUCCACCCCAACACGUACACCUUCAGCAAGGCGCUGGCCGAGCAGGUGAUGGCCGAUGCGGCAGCGACUCUCCCCGUCGUCAUCGUCAGGCCUUCAAUAGUGGUCGGCGCGGUCAAAGAGCCCCUCCCAGGCUGGCUGGACAACCUCAACAGCCCGGCCUCCAUGUGGGCCGCGGUGAACAUGGGCGUCUUGCGUGUAUCCAAACUGUCAAAAAAGGACGCCCUCCUCGACUGGAUGCCUGUUGACAUCGUCACCAAGGCCACCGUCGUGACGGCGUGGGCUUCGGCCACCAAGCAACUGGAGAGCGACGGGACGACCGUGCCCGUGGUGAACGCGGCCCUCUCGGACGUGCACCCCGUCUCGGACGCGUGUUGCCUGGCCAUCUACAAGGAGGUGCAGCGAAGCGUGCCCUUCAGCAGCGCCAUCAGGUACCCGGUCUUCGCCCAAUACAACAACUGGCUCCAGUACGCGGCAAUCCACCUUGUCUACCACCUCAUGUUCGGCCUCUUCGUGGACGGACUAUUGCGGUUGUCUGGACAGAAACCUCGGCUUAUGAAGGUUUAUAGAAAAAUAGCAAGUGCAACUGUUGCUUUGCAACCCAUAACUGAUAAAGUAUUUACAUUCGAAACAUAUAAAUUCUGGGAUCUACAGAGGCUCAUGCAUCCUGAUGAUGUCAAAACUUUUGAGUUUGAUCUUGAUAGCCUAGAACCUAGAAAAGAUGCCUUAAAUCAGCUAAUAGGAAUUUGGCAUUAUGUCUUAAAGGGGAAACUUGACAAAGAGAGAGGACUUCGGCACAUUGACAGACUAUUUUGGAUGGAGAUUGGAUUCUAUGUUUCCCUGGUGGCAAUAUUGAUAUACUUGUAUCUACCAAUUUAGACUAGGGAAACAAUGCAAACCAUAACUAAACCGCAACAUAUCAAAAAUAUAUAAAAUAAAAAAAAAAUUGUUUAUAGUGAAGAUAAA